AUGAAUUUUGUGUUUUUUCAGAAGGUUGUGCCAGUAACAUGUAGAUGGAGAUCAACUCAAGCAAAUGUUUAUGAAGAAACUCUUUUCAAUGUGCCAGAAACCAAAGUGACAACUUUAAGCAAUGGCAUGAGAGUAGCUACUGAAGAUUCUGGUUCUCCAACAUGUACAGUUGGUUUGUGUAUUGAUGCUGGUUCCAGAUGGGAAAAUAAACAAAAUAAUGGUACUGCUCAUUUUCUGGAACAUAUGACAUUCAAGGGGACAGACAGGCGAUCAGAGUCAGAUAUUGAUUUAGAAGUUGAAAAUUUAGGGGCUCAACUCAAUGCCAACACAUCUAGGGAACAGACAUUUUACUUUGCAAAAUGUUUUUCUCAAGAUAUGCCUAAAGCUGUUGAUUUGAUAUCUGAUAUAGUACAGAAUAGUAAAAUAACAGAGGAAAAUGUAGAGAAAGAGAGAGGUGUCAUUUGCAGAGAGAUGCAGGAGGUAAACUAUGAUAUGAGAGAAGUAGUCAUGGAUUAUUUACAUACUGUGGCUUACGAAGGCACACCAUUAGGUUUUACUAUACUGGGUCCUUCUGAAAAUGUUAAUACUAUCAGCAGGAGUGAUUUGGUGAAUUUUCGAAACACCCAUUACAAGCCACAGAGAAUGGUUUUAGCUGCCUCAGGAGGAGUGAAUCAUGACAAUUUAGUAAAGAUGGCAGAACAAUAUUUCUCUGGUUCAACAGCUGCUCCCAGUUUUGAUAUACCCACCAUUGAACCUUGUAGAUUUACAGGAAUGAGUGUAAUUGAACGAAAUGAUGAUAUGCCCUUAGCUCAUGUAAUGGUUGCAAUGGAAAGUGUUGGUUGGAAUAAUCCUGAUAAUAUAGCACUACAUGUAGCCAGUAUCAUCAUGGGUAAUUGGAACAGAUCCUAUGUUGGCGGCACCAAUCUCAAUGGUUUAGCAGCAUUCUGUGCAGCAGAAAAUAUUUGUCACAGUUAUGAAUCUUUUAUGUCCACCUACUCUGAUACUGGAUUAUGGGGUGCAUAUUUUAUAACUGAUAGAUUUAAUAUAAGAGAUACAUUACAUGCUGUACAACAGGAAUGGAUGAGACUGUGUACUCAGGUAACAGAUGUAGAGGUUGAGAGAGCUAAAAAUAAGUUAAAAACUAGCUAUUUAUUACAAUUAGAUGGUACAACACCAGUCUUUGAGGAUAUAGGACGACAAAUGUUGAAUUAUGGAAGAAGAAUUCCCCUUGCAGAGUUUGAACAAAGAGUCAAUGCUGUGGAUGCUAAUUUGGUUAAAGAAGUAUGUAAUAGAUAUAUUUAUGAUAAAGGUCCAGCCGUAGCAGCUGUUGGCCCCACAGAAGAUCUACCUGAUUAUAACAAUAUUCUUGCUGGUAACUAUUGGUUACGAGUUUAA